UCUACCCACAAGUGAGGAUAAGCUGCAAGGCCAAGAGCAGUCAGUUUCCUUAUCAGUACCAGAAAUGGUACAAAUGACUGUGCAAAGCCACAGGAGGUCCCUGCAAGAGUUUUCAGAAAGUCCCGUUAUGUCAAGAUGCAAGCGUCUCAGCUCUUCCCACUCGCUCACUGGUGCACCCCAGAGCAUCACUGAAUGGCUUGCGCUCUGGGAAAAGGAUCCAGUGGAGAUUCUGCUUGAUUUGGGGUUUGGUACGGAAGAACCUGAUGUCUGCACUAAAAUCCCUCCUCGGUUCCUCAGUGGUGCUUCUGUAGCAAAAGGGAUCAACAUCCGAGUUUUUUUGGAAGCUCAGAAGCAGCGGAUGGACAUUGAGAGGACGAACCCGUAUGAACGUUUUCGACAGCUGGAAGUACUUGACCACGUAACCAGUGCCCUCUCAUCUUUGCUGACUGAUGUCAACACCCAACAGACCAAAGCACAUGAUGCCAGCGGGGAUGCGACUGGUCUCCUGGAUGCUGCGAAAAGCAGACCUGCAGUCACACGAGCGAAGCGGAGAAGAAUAGGUCAGCUCCUGAAAAGGGCUUCUCAGCAGACAGUGCUGUUGAAACAGGGCUUGCUGGCACCUGGGGAAGCCAACUUAUCGAGCAGGAAAGAGCAACCCUGUUCUUGUGCAGAUAUUGCUGAGAGGGGAACAGUCCAGGCAGGCUUUUCUGCACGUGUUACAUUGGGCUGUCUGACCAAGGAGCAAACCCCCAGAGACAAAGGUGCUUUGGCAUAUCCCACGUCUCAGCGUCCACAGACUCCACCAGCGAAAGCCUGGGCUUCAUCGCACCUAGUUGCAAAACAGCCCCACCUUUCUCCUGCAUGUGAUGUGCCUGCCAAAGACAGGCCAAGAAAGGAGCUACCCUUGCUUGUGGCCCACACACUCAAAAAAGUGGCCGACCUGAACUGCAAGCUGCCAGACUCAUUUGAAAUGGAAGAGGAUACUCUCAAAGAAGUUGGCACUGAAGUUACUGAGAUUCAGAGUUUUGAGGAUGAAACUCUAUGUGGAAAUGCUCCUGACACCACUUCAGCAGAGGUGAUGGUGACAAGAACAAGCAGCUUCCAGUCAGACAGCAGUGGGUUCAUGGAGGAGCUGCCAGAACCUGUAGUUUUGCAAAAUGCAUCUUUGUCAGGAAAGAUUAAUUUUAUUUCUGAUAGCCACAAUCAAGAAACAGCUCUGUCACACAGGAUGUUUUUUCCUAUGUUAAAUCAAGAUUUUCAACAAAAGCCAGAUGAUUCUGUUGAUAAGGUCUUCAUCGCAGCUUCUGGAAGCAUUUUGACGGUACCUAGAUCAACAAAAGCAUGCAGUGAGCAGGGAGAAGAGACUCAUCUGCUGCUGACUGCAGAAAAUGGCAAGUAUCAGGCCUAUAAUGCUGAGCCACAGACUUUUGUACAAGAAAUGUUAUGUGACAUAGACAAGAAAGAGGAUAAAACUGGAAGGAAGCAACUGGAAAAAGAGGACUACAUAAAAGAGCAUAGUCCUUGUUUUCAGGGUGAUACUCAGGGUGAAGGAGAUCCUAGCUCCUCGAAAUUUGAUCGUCAUUUAUAUUUUAGUACAGAACACAAAAAGGUGAAUGUAACCUUCAUUGAACUGAGCGAUAUAAACCCUGCAGUCAUCAGUGAGAGCAAAAUCAGAGGCAAACAUGAAGUUGAGAGGCGCCUGAUUGAAAAGGACAUUGGAGUUGCAUGUCAUGAAAGUGCCCAUCAAGGUCAUACAGGAUGUGUUAAAGGACCUUGGUGGGGAGCAGAAGUGGUCAGCAAAGAUGGUACCCUGCUUGCAGUGAAUGAGGUGACAAAUGGGCAGCAGUUCUGCAAAAUGGAUGGUGAUUCAAACAAUACAAAAUGCUUCCCCAAAAUGGGGCUCCCAGAAACUCCGCGGCGGGGCUCAGCAGUGCGAAGUGGGGGCAGUGCCACUUCAAGAUGUUCUCUGCAAGUAUCUCAGAGGCGUCCCUCCCGCCUAGUGGAAGGGCCUGGAUUAAGUUCAUCUGAAGGUCAAGAGACUGGUAGCAUAGGGGAGACGUUAGGUGCCAACAAAUCAGAACAGGGAGACACUGUCCAAAAUGGUGAAAUGGCUUCCACUCCUCUGAAAUCUGUUACUGUUCAGAUGUCUUCAGGGCUGGAGUUUACUUCAAGGGUGAAGUGCACAGGGCAAAAUGUUCUUGUCAGUGAGAGCCUUGCCAGGGAAGAUCUUGUGGACUUCUCUGAGAGUGGUCCUCUCAUACGGUCAGACCCAGGGGCUUUGAAGGGUAGUGUGAAGCAGACCACUGAAGCCUCCAGCCAAACUGACAUCCAUGCCAGGAAACCCAGGUGGCCACUACUGCUUCAUCCACCCCACAGUCACCUGAAAAAAUCAGCCUCUCUUGACACCAUGCUUUGUGGCAAAAACAAGUCACACUACUGGGGUGAAGCCUCUGGUGCUGGGGGUGUGCAGGGCAGUCACUGCUGUCACUGCUGCUGCUGCUAUGGCUGUUGCCUAUGGACCUUCCCUGUGGGUGUCUCUCCCCAUCACCCUGUGGGCUGCUGCUCAAACCAUGCCUCCACCGAGCUGCAGCUCUUGAAAACGCUGAUACUCCUACAGGACACUGCAAUAGGUAAUCUUGCUCCGUUUACCCUCCAUGAAAUAGAAGUGAUGAAGAGCUCCUGCCAGCACUUCCAGGAGAAGCUGGAUGAGAUUGAACAGCACCUGACUGAACAGCAGGUGUUGUUUUCCAGCACGAUGCCAGAUGAAGAAAGGGAGGAAGGCAGACACCUGCAACUCUUACGGCGAGCUGUUCGGCAGGAGGUUGCGGAGCUGGAAUUUCAUCUGAAUGAUCAAGCUUGCCAGGUCAGGGAGGGCAUCCUUACGUUGAAGAAAUCUUUCCGAAAUUCUUUAGGUAAUGAUUCAGCAGAAGGAAAAGACUGA